AUGACACGGGCUCGCCCUGGCCCUUCCUUGCAGUUCAUCAACAUCGCGACCCCUGACGAAACUACUUCCCACGCACGGCGACGGCAGGUCCGCUCUCAUGCUGCUAGGAACUCCAGCAAGCGGCAGAGGGCGGUCUCCGAGUACCAAGAGAAGUCAGGCCAGCAUGGCCCAGCAACUGCACCGGCAAUACUGGCUGCCCGUUCACCGCGCAUAUCUCAUAAUUUGAGUGCGGCGUGGACAGACCCCUUUGAUACGUUCAUUCGUAAAGUGUCUCGGCUAGAGUGGUUCCUCAUUGACCACUUUAUUCGACACGUGGCGAUGGUUUCUACAGUCUGCAUCCCCUUUAUAAGCGGCCAAGAAGAAACGGACUUUGUAAUGGAAACGGGGAGAUGGUGGACACGAAUGGCCGCCAUAGACACGGGCAUACUGGCCGCCCUAUUGCUAAUGUCGUGCCGAGACCUCUCCGCCUCCCACCACCCGGCAGGAUAUACUGCACUCACCCUCAAAUACAACGGCGAAUGUUUGGAAAACGUGAAUAAUGCGUUGAAAGACGAGACUUUAGCGUCAAGCGAUCUCACGAUCGCCAAGACGUUCGCCCUCGCAUCCGAUGCCACACUGUGUGGUGACGCCAAGGCUGCCAAAAUUCACCUCGAAGGCCUGGGUAAGCUGGUGGCAAUUCGAGGAGGCACUGAAAAAAUGUCGGCGCUCUGCUACGCUGGCAAAAUGGUUACGCUCUUUCUGAAAGGUCCCUUUCAGAAAAAUGCCCUCGUCACAAUCACAUGCAUAGAUCUAAUGGCAUCGGCAUACUCUGAAGAGGAGACAAGCCCAGGAGGUGAAAAUUAA